AUGGCUUGUCAAAGGCUACCAAAAGAGGGGGAUGCCGCGUGGCAGAUGGCAGUGCAUCUCCUUCACAGGAUGGCGACAGCAGAGGUUCUGGCGAACGUCAUCACUUUCACCGCUGCAGCCAAGGCCUGUGAGCUUGGAGGGCGCUACGAGUUGGGACUGGAGCUGCUUUCUCGCAUGUCAGCCUUGCUUGAUAUCCUGUAG